AGUCAAUAGAACAUGUCAGUACUUUAUAAAGUCUUUCUUCAAUUGUCCUGUUGAAAAUAAAAGUUUUCAAUCAGUCAUUGAAAAAUAAGAAAGCUAGGUUUAGAAAGUAACUGUGCAGUGGUUGCUUAGAUUUGAAGCAAGAUGAGUUAUCCAUACGGCACUCCUGGUGGUUAUCCCCCUCAACCUGGCUACCCUCCUCAACAACCUGGAUACCCACCUCAACAACCUGGAUACCCACCACAGCCUGGGUUUGGAUAUCCCCCACAGCCUGGUUUUCAGCCUCAGCCUGGUUUUCAACAACAGCCAGGUUACCCACCUCAGCCCGGGUACUACCCUCCCAACUACCCCCCUGCACCUGGUGGAUACCCCCCUCAACAACCAGGAGGUUUUGGAGGCUACCCCCCUCAACCAGGACAACAACCUGGCUACUACCCUCCUCAACAGCCUGGAGGUUUUCCUCCCCAGCAUGGUGGGUAUGAUCAGAGCAUGUCGUACCAACAGACUGGGGCACUACCCACAGGACCAAACUACCACACCAACGUACCCGCCAUGCACGCUGGCAUGACACCUCAGACUCAGGGAACAGUUAGACCUGCUUCGAAUUUCAAUGCAGAAGAAGAUGCAAAAGUUUUAAGGAAGGCCAUGAAAGGAUUUGGUACGGAUGAGAAAGCCAUCAUUGACGUCCUGUCUGCUAGGACCAACGCCCAGAGGCAGGAGAUCAAGAACAGGUUCAAAACCAUGUUUGGAAAGGAUCUCAUUAGUGACUUGAAGAGUGAACUUGGAGGACAUUUUGAAUCAGCGAUCUUGGCUCUGAUGAUGACACCUGCUGAGUAUGAUGCUGAUCAACUGAGGGCUGCCAUGAAGGGAGCUGGUACAGACGAGAGCACAUUGAUUGAAAUCCUCUGCAGCAGAAACAACAGGCAGAUACAAGACAUCAGAGCUGCAUACAAGACCAAGUUCGGUCGUGACCUGGAGAAAGACGUGAUGAAUGAGACAUCAGGACAUUUCAAGAGGCUCUGUGUCUCCCUUGUUUCUGCAAACAGAGUAGAGAACGCACCAGUGAAUAUGGAGAAGGCUAGAAGAGAUGCACAGGAGUUGUACCAAGCAGGCGAGCGAAUUGUGGGCACAGACGAAUCAAAGUUCAAUCAGAUAUUGUGCUCAGAAAGUUACGACCAGUUGCGUCUGGUGAUCAGUGAGUACCAGAAGAUUGCCAACAAAAGUUUGGAGCAGUCGGUGAAGAAUGAAAUGUCAGGAGAUCUCGAAAAGGGUUUUGUGUCCAUCAUCAGGUGUGUCCAGAACUUGCAGGGCUUCUUUGCCACUAAGUUAUACAACUCCAUGAAGGGCUUCGGCACGAAAGAUGACACGCUCGUUCGCAUCAUCGCCACAAGAUGCGAGAUCGACAUGGUACAAAUUAAGCAAGAGUUUCAAAAGCAGUUUGGAAAAACUCUUGAAAGCAUGAUUGAAGGUGAUUUGUCAGGGGAUUACAAGAAACUCAUGCUAGCCCUUGUCCGUGGUUGAUGACCUUCACGUUCAUCUCUGCCAUGCUGUCCCUUCUUCCUCUCCUCCAUCUUCUUACUCUUCCUUUUCUCGCUGACACUGACCUGGCAGACAGUAGGGCAGCAGCAACACAGCACUGUUUGUUUACUUAACAAUGUUACAUUACAGAUUCAAUAAUUUAUUUUUCUUCUAUUGGUUAAUCUACUUGUGUUUUUUUUAUAUUUGUAUUAUAUUUGCGAUCGAAUUUUUACGCUUCAUAUCGUUAGAUUGUUUAAUUUCCUCACAUUUGACGAAUGUCGUACGGUAAUUAUUGUAAAAAAAACAUUGCUUCGGAACUAAUAAUCUAAUAAUUAAACCUUUAAUUGAAAUUGUACUUUGUGCAUCUAUCUGCACCUAAGAUCUGUCAACAAAUGAAAUUUUUCCUAUUAAGAUUUUGCUUUAAUUAUUUGUUAAUUAUAAUAUACCUACUAUAUAUAUAUAUAUAUAUAUAUAUAUAUAUAUAUAUAUAUAUAUACCUAUAUAUAUACAUAUAUGCAUACUUAAACUUUUAAAUUUAUUUUGGAUAUGUAUCUUCAGUUUUAUAGAAUAUUGAAGAAUUGUUGUUGCCGUCAUUUUAUUUCAUAUUGUAUCCGCUUUAUUUCGCGAUGAAUAAUUACUUACAAAAA